GUCAGAAGUACCGAAGCCGUACGGACACUCCCUCCUUCAAUUGACAGCCAGUACUCAGCUCUCAACUCCGCACCAGCAAGGACCAUCCGUCACUAACGAGCUGUUCGUAUUGGGUAACCAUAUCCACAGGGCGCGCGCCCUGCUGCCAAUCUGCAUACUGCAACAUGUCAGUCGCAGGGCGUCUCACAGGGCGUCUCGCAGGGCGUCAAGCCGGUGCCCGCCCUCAAGAUGCUCCCCAGCAAGCUUUACCGGGUGUCAAACGCAGAACCAAUGGUAGAGCCUGCAUAACCUGCCACCAGCGCAAGGUCCGGUGCGACAUUCUUACAAAGGGUCCUCCGUGUUCCAACUGUCAGUCUCAAGGAAGCUCGACAUGUCGCUACUACGAGAAAAAGAAGUCAAGAUCCACCCUGGUCCGUCAUUCUCGCCGUAAUGUUGCCAUCCAACCGCGGGGCCAACAGAUUGCCACAGCGCCUUCAACUCCGGUAGAAAUGGACCACCCCUGGCCAGAUGCCUCCAUUCCUCAUGUCGCCCAUUCAGCUACAGUCUCAGCCGUGGCAACGGCAAUGACAACGGUGUCGGAGAGUGGUGAUAUCCGCCGGGAUCGGUAUCAACGCCGUAGCUCCGGAUCUGCAUCCUCGUCCACUCGCGAUGGCGAUGGUGACGAUGAACAGGGCACACGCAACUUAGCCGACUUUAUUGACAUCCAGGCUGUCAGGGUCACCGAGAUCACCGAUAAUACUCGCAUGUACUUCAUCGGUACCGAAUUCUCCAACCUGAACUAUCUGGUCCGACAACGCUCUCGCCAGGUCAACCCAGACCGGGUCCAUUUUGGGAGUCAUCAUCCUGCCCGAAAGCUGAGCCGCGUACCCGCCGAGGCACUUGAGAUGCCUGAAAAAGCUCUAGCAGAUGAAUUAGUUCAGGCCUACUUCAAUCAUAUCAACACCGGGUGGCCCAUCGUCGAUGAAGAGGACUUCAUGACUAAAUACAACUCCUCUCCCGAUCCUCGAGAAACGAUCCCGCUCCCUCUUCUCCAUGCAGUCUUCCUUGUUGGGGCCCACGCUUCUGCCUCACGCCAUAGUAAUUACAGGGCUCUCAAGGCGCGCUUCUUCCGCCGGGCUAAGUUAAUACUCGACUCCAGAUUGGAGGAGGAUCGCAGGGUAUACGUCCAGGUUGCCCUCCUUCUGACCUGGAGCUGUGACAACCUUGAGGACAUUGUUUCGAAUUCGUGGUAUUGGGUUGGUUUCGCCGCGCGAACAGCUCUAGGUCUGGGAAUGCAUCGUGAUCUGACUCACUCUAGAAUGGACCCCGUCCCUAAGCGAGAAUGGACACGGCUGUGGUGGGUGCUGUUUCAGUUUGACGUGUUAAUUUCGACUGCCAAUGGUAAACCUCAAGCAAUACGCCUUGAUGAGUCAGAUGCCCUAGCUCUUCAGGAGCGUCACUUUGAAGGGGUCCCCCGGACCAACGCUGCCUUCGUCAUAGAACACACUAGGUUAUGUGUCAUAUUUUCCAAGUCUAUGAGAAAUGUCCUAGCGUUACGGUCAACUCCAGCUGAGAAAAUCGAAGCAAGAAGACAGGCCGAUGAAGCUCUUGCUCAGUUUAUAAUCCAACUGCCCGAAAGCCUCCGUCUACCUCAGCCUGAAGCUGAUACCUGGCAAUCCUUCCUUCAUCUCAGCUACAAUAACUUCCUCAUUCUACUCCAUCGGCCGCCUCCUCGGCAGAAUCCUCGGCAAAAUUUCGCUGAAGCCGCCAGCGAUCUCAAUAUCUGCGGCGACGCUGUGGUCAUCAUAACCUCAAUAUUCGAGUCGUUACGUGCCAAAAGUGGCAUGGGUCAUCUAGCUAUUCCGGCCAUGUACGCCCUAUUCACAGCACUUGUACAUGUCAGCAGCGAAUUGAACUCGCCCAACCCCCUAGUAGCGGCUAAGUCGAUGCGGAUGCUCGAUUCUCUCCUGCUUUCUCUUCGCGAGCUAUCCCAGCAUUGGAUUUUUGCACAUAGUCUCCUGCGCCUUUUUGAGGAACGAACCAUUUGGGAUAACCAUCAGAGCCGCCAUAGUCACAAUUCACAAGAGGCUUCGGCCACGGAAGCUAACCACCGUCCAGUCGAUGGAUCCCUUGGAGAGGGGCCUGAAUUCUCUUUACGUCCCAAUCCCAUAAAUAUGGCGAGCGGGAACAUGUCAAGUGUCAACAUGUUCAACCCUGUCGAAAGCCCAAACAACAUCACAUUCACACCAUCGUCCAUCGUUUCCGCCCAGGGGUCUAUCUAUGCCGGUCAUGCGAAUGGGGGACUCGGCAUGAGCCAGGGUGCCGAGACAGGUUCUAGGGAUGUAUUACAGGGACCGUCGUAUGGCGAAAGCUUUGAUGCUGGUUUAAACAUGUCGCCAGAUGCCUUACAUACGAUGCCCUUCCCGUUGGCACUGGAUUUCUUGUUGGCGGGAAUGGGUAAUGAGUAUGAAUGUCUGUGAGUCAUAGCUGCUUCUAGGUUAUGUUGUUUUCCGGUGUUGGGUGUCAUAGAUAGGCUUGGGUAGAAUAAGCAUUUAUAAGUAGUGAUGAUGGUUCUUAGGCUUUAUUUCAAUAUGUGUUUUCGUGGCUACACCUGGAUACAGGGGCAGACUCCAAAGCCUUGCUUUCAAAGUCGCCACAUUUAAUCGAGGCUUUCCCUCUAGGGUAGGUGCA